AUGUCAAAGCGACGACGGCAGGGCGAGCAGGGUCAGGCCAACUGCCAUUGCCAUGACUGCACCAGCAGCCAGCACAAGAGCCUCUAUCUGGUUCUAGACGACUGGCGCAUGGGUUUCACCAUUCGCAAGCUUGAUGCUCACAGCCCUGACCUGAGCGCUCCCCCUGUCCUCCGGCUAGCGUCGCCUGUGCGUAACCACUCCAUGGAAUUUGCCGCCCUGGGCAGCAACAUCAUAGCUACCAGCAACCAAUGUGCCGCGACCCUGGUCUUCGACACGGAAACCGCCUCGCUGGCCAUGGGCAAUCCCCUCCCGGACGCACUUCGCAAUGCCCUCAACUUCUUUGUCACCGUCGGGGACGACGUGCUAAUCGCCUUUGCAUACUACUUCAUGCGGCAGCCUCACUCCUUUGAAGUCAUGACCACCGCCAAGGACGACAUGCGCCCUCUGUGCCCAAGCACCGACUGGUCCUGGAAAAGCAUGCCGACGCCCCCCUUCGCCAAGAGUGAAAGGAUCAACUCCUACGCCCUUCACCCUGACGGACGCACCAUAUUCGUGUCCGCGGCCGGCGGCGAUUUCCCCGGUGGCACAUUCUCCUUUGAUACCAAGAAUUGUGAGUGGACGCGCCAUGGGGAAUGGAUGCUCCCUUUCCAGCUCCAAGGUUACUACGACGGUGACCUAGAUGCUUGGGUUGGGCUACACCCAGAUGGCUACAUCUGCUCCUGCCAAGUUCCCUCGCUCAGCACCGGCGACAUUCAACAGCCCAGCUGGAAGAUUGCCAAGGAGCACAAGAUGUGGAAGUCACGGCGUCAGGUGGCUGAAGCACUAGGGGCUACUCUAACAUACAUGGGUAACUCCAUGUUUUUCCUUGUUGAUUGCGAGGUAGCCGAAGGUUUAGAGUUCCAGGAUGCUUUUCGUGACCCUCAUGGAUGCGUGCUCCACAUGGCCACGUUUCGAAUCAAGUAUAAUCAUGAGGGCAAGCUGCGAAUCCUUGACAAAAACACUACCUCGGCUCCUGUCUCUAGGCAACUCCCAGAAUUUUCUCCCGUAGCGUUCUGGAUGUAG